AUGCAUGAGUAUGAGAUUUUUUAUAUGCUAAGAAAUGACAGCAUUCAUGAGAUGUAUACUAGGUUCACUAUGUUGAUAAAUAAACUAAUAGAACUAGGAAGAACAUUUCAAUCUAAGGAAUUGAAUAGGAAAAUUCUCAGAUCCCUACCCAAAGAAUGGUUAGCUAAGCUUACCAUUAUUGAGGAGGUAAAGAAUCCGAGGAACCUUCCAACAAACAAGCUAAUAGUGUCUUUACUGAGUCAUGAGCACGUUGUUAGACAAGUCAUUCAAGAGGAUGAAAAGCGUAAGAAGAACUUAGCAUUCAAUCGAGAUUCAUUAGCUACAUUUCUGAUAGUGAAUCUGAAAGUGAUUUUGAUAAGGAAUUCACAUUAG